ACAGGAAGGCGGACAUGUUUGUCGUGCAGGGAGAAGAACUCGGGCACCUUGUGCUUUUCAAAGAAGAUCGAGUUAAUGCUGAAUUAUCCUAAUAGAAUCUACAGGAUUCAACGCGUGUGCAGAGGCCACAGCCUUCGCUCUUUGAAAAUGAGAGGUGUAGAGGAGAAGGACUACGAAGAAACGCUUUAUUAAGACUGCAUUUCAAACUGAUCGAAUUUUGGAGCUGAAGUUUUUUCGCUACUUUUACCUUGCAGCUGUCAGACCCGUUUGGCUUUUUUCCCCCCAUAAGGCCCCUUCAUAUGGAUACAGGCCUGGAGUAGACUAGUUGUCGGUAGUUACUUUUAUGAGUUAUGUAAAACGGACCUUUUAUCUUUUAAAAUACUGAGCACAGUUGAUCCUGGCUAUGGCUCCGGCUGUACAGGGAAGCUGAUCUUGCUGGCUAUCUGUUGCUCUUUUUCUUUUGUGUGUAUGUGGCUGAAGUUGUCAAUCAAACUUCGCUAGCUAGCUAGCAAUCUUGGGGAAACGAGAAGAAAAAGUGAACUGUAUUUUCUUAAAAUGUUACUUUCGGUCAUCCUAGAUCUCGUUAAAUGUCUUGAGUGUGAAAAACGCAUAAGACACAAUGUUUUUUUGAUUAGUUCGAUAUAACUAACUUAGAAGACGACUGUUUACUGAAAAGCAAACGAGAGGGAAGUUGCUGGCUAGCUAGCAAGAUUUUUUUAGUAUUACAACGGCGUGGAACUCGACUUGACAGCAAAAAUGUCUGCUGGCGAAAGUUUGGAGGCUCGGUUUGAAAAAAUCGAUGCCAUGCUGAAGGACCCGCAAUCAGAAAUUAAUACUGAUUGUUUACUGGACGGUUUGGACGCUCUGGUCUACGACCUGGACUUCCCAGCCUUGAGGAAAAACAAGAGCAUUGACAACUUUUUGAAUAGAUACAAGGACACCAUCAGCAAGAUCCGGGACCUGCGCAUGAAAGCCGAGGACUACGAGGUGGUGAAGGUCAUCGGCAGGGGAGCGUUCGGCGAGGUGCAGCUGGUGAGGCACAAGGCCACGAGGAAGGUGUACGCCAUGAAACUGCUCAGCAAGUUUGAGAUGAUCAAACGGUCAGAUUCAGCUUUCUUCUGGGAAGAGAGGGACAUCAUGGCUUUCGCCAACAGUGCCUGGGUGGUGCAGCUGUUCUACGCCUUCCAGGAUGACCGCUACCUCUACAUGGUCAUGGAGUACAUGCCCGGGGGUGACCUGGUCAACCUGAUGAGCAACUACGAUGUUCCGGAGAAGUGGGCCCGGUUCUACACCGCUGAGGUGGUGCAGGCUCUGGACGGGAUUCAUUCCAUGGGCUUCAUUCACAGAGAUGUGAAGCCAGAUAACAUGUUGCUAGACAAAGCAGGUCACUUGAAGCUGGCGGACUUCGGGACCUGUAUGAAGAUGAACAAGGACGGUAUGGUACGAUGCGACACGGCAGUGGGCACCCCUGACUACAUUUCGCCUGAGGUACUAAAGUCACAAGGGGGCGACGGCUACUAUGGCAGGGAGUGCGAUUGGUGGUCUGUCGGAGUCUUCCUCUACGAAAUGCUCGUUGGAGACACGCCCUUCUACGCCGACUCACUGGUGGGCACCUACAGCAAGAUCAUGAACCAUAAGAACGCGCUGACGUUCCCAGACGACAGCAACAUCUCGAAAGAUGCGAAAAGCCUCAUCUGCGCCUUCCUGACAGACAGGGAAGUGCGGCUGGGCCGAAACGGAGUGGACGAGAUCAAGCGCCACCCUUUCUUCAAGAACGACCAGUGGACCUGGGAGAACAUAAGGGACACUGCCGCCCCCGUGGUGCCGGAGCUCAGCAGCGACAUCGACACCAGCAACUUCGACGACAUCGACGAGGACCCGGGCGAUGAGGAGACCUUCCCCAUGCCAAAGGCCUUUGUGGGCAACCAGCUGCCCUUUGUGGGAUUCACCUACUACAGCAGUCACCAGUUUUCACGCGUCUCUAGCACCAAAACGAGCGACAAGCGUAGCAGCUGCACCAAGGAGGACAAGAGCCAGCUGGAGAACCUGCAGAAGAGGGUCUACCAGCUGGAGGAGCAGCUCCACUGCGAAAUGCAGCUGAAGGACGAGAUGGAGCAGAAGUGCAGGACCUCCAACACCAAGCUGGACAAGAUCAUGAAAGAGCUGGACGAGGAGACUAACCUGAGGAAGAGUGCGGAGUCCACAGUGUCUCUGCUGGAGAAGGAUAAGAUGAUGACCCAGCACCGGGCCACGGAGUACCAAAGAAAGGCCGACCAGGAGGCCGAGAAACGCCGCAACGUGGAGAACGAGGUGUCAACUUUAAAGGAACAGCUGGAGGACAUGAAGAAGGUCAGCCAGAACUCCCAGGCCUCCAACGAGAAGAUCGCACAGCUGCAGAAGCAACUGGAGGAGGCGAACGACCUGCUGCGGGCGGAGUCGGACACGGCAGCGCGGCUGAGGAAGAGCCACACGGAGGUGGCCAAGACACUGAGCCAGCUGGAGGGCAACAACCGCGAGCUACAGGAGAAGUGGCGCGCCGCCGACAACGCCAAGCUGCAGCUGGAGAAGGAGGUGUUCCAGCUCCAGGCCUCCCUGGACUCGGAGCGGAGGAACUACAGCCAGGGCUCCGAGGAGAUCCGCGAGCUGCAGGCUCGGAUAACAAGUCUUCAAGAGGACGUUAAGAAUCUGAAGAUGAGUCUGUCCAAAGUAGAGGGGGAAAGGAAACAGGCCCAGGAACGGAGCAACAACCUGGAGAAGGAGAAGAACAACAUGGAGAUCGAGCUGAACUACCAGCUGAAGACUCUGCAGCAGCGUCUGGAACAGGAGCAGACGGAGCACACAGUCACCCGCACACAGCUCACCGACAAAUACGAUAUCGAGGAGGCCAAGUCAGCCGCCAUGCACGUGGUGGAGCUGAAGGUGUCGGAGGAGAGCGGGGGUCGCAUGCGGGCCGAGAGCCGGGUGGUGGAGGUGGAGAAGCAGUGCUCCAUGCUGGAGUUCGACCUCAAGCAGUCCGUGCAGAAGAUCGAGCAGCUGAUGAAGCAGAAGGAGAGGCUGGAGGAUGAGGUGAAGGCGUUGCGGGUGCAGCUGGAGCAGGAGUCGAGCAAGCGGCUGCAGGCCCAGAACGAGCUGAAGACGUGGGCCGUGGAGGCGGACCGCCUCAAGGGCUCCGAGAAGCAGCUGAAGCAGGAGAUCAACGGCACCUUGGAGGGCAAGCGCUCCCUGGAGUUCCAGCUGGCCCAGCUCACCAAGCAGUACAGGGGCAACGAGGGGCAGAUGAGGGAGCUGCAGGACCAGCUGGAGGCAGAGCAGUACUUCUCUACGCUGUACAAGACUCAGGUGAAGGAGCUGAAGGAGGAGAUCGAGGAGAGGAACCGGCUGGUCCAGGAAACGCAGAAGAAGAUGCAGGAUCUCCACAGCGAGAGGGAGUCGCUGUCGGCUCAGUUGGACCUGACGGUGACGAAGGCGGAGUCUGAGCAGUUGGCCCGGGCCCUGCAGGAGGAGCAGUACUACGAGCUCAGCCAGGAGAACAAGAAGGUCACCGCUCGCUACAAGCAGGAGAUCGGCGAGAAAGACGCCACCAUCACCCGGCUGGAGGAAUCCAAUAAAACUCUGACCAAAGAUGUGGAAAACCUCAGCAAGGAGAAGGCAGAGCUGGACGAGAAGAUACGUGUGCAGGGAGAAGAGUAUGCCACCCAAAAAGAGGAGACCACGAAUGCCGUCAAAGCCCACUACGAGAAAGUGCUGAACACGGAGCGCACACUCAAGACUCAGGCGGUGAACAAGCUGGCGGAGAUCAUGAACCGAAAGGACAUGAAGCUGGACCAGAAGAAGAGGGGGAGCACGGCCGACCUCCGCAAGAAGGAGAAGGAGAACCGCAAGCUGCAGGCUGAGCUCAACCAGGAGAAGGAGAAGUUCAACCACAUGGCCGUCAAGUACCAGAAGGAGCUGAGCGAACUGCAGGCGCAACUGGCCGAGGAGACCCGGGAAAUGACCAUGCAGCUGGACAGCAAGGAGAGCGACAUCGAGCAGCUGCAGGAGAAACUCAACGACCUGCAGCUGCGCGUGGAGAACUCUAGCGUCACCAGCCUGCAGCCCGACGAGACGGACGGCAACAUCGCAGAAUCGAGGCUUGAAGGAUGGCUAUCGAUACCCAAUCGUACUAACAUAAAACGUUACGGCUGGAAGAAGCAGUAUGUGGUGGUCAGCAGCAAGAAGAUUCUCUUCUAUAACGACGAGCUGGAGAAGGAGCAGUCCAACCCCUGCAUGGUACUCGACAUCGACAAACUGUUCCACGUGCGUCCGGUCACGCAGGGCGACGUGUACCGAGCAGAGACCGAUGAGAUUCCCCGGAUAUUCCAGAUCCUUUACGCCAACGAAGGCGAGUGCAGGAAAGAGUCGGAUAUGGAGACCGUCUCCCAGGGCGACAAGACCAACUGCCUGCCCCACAAGGGUCACGAGUUCAUCCCCACCCUCUACCACUUCCCCUCCAACUGCGAGGCCUGCGCCAAGCCCCUGUGGCACGUCUUCAAGCCCCCGCCCGCCCUGGAGUGCCGCCGCUGCCACGUCAAGUGCCACAAGGACCACCUGGACAAGAAGGAGGACGUCAUCGCCCCCUGCAAAGUGAACUAUGACGUGACCUCAGCGCGGGACAUGCUGCUCCUGGCCCUGUCCCAGGACGAGCAGAAGAAGUGGAUCGGCCACCUGGGCAAGAAGAUCCCCAAAACCCCGCCCUCCACCUUCACCCGCGCCUCGCCCCGCUCAAUGUCCACGCGCUCCGGCCCCAACCAGUCCUUCCGCAAGAACCCCAAAAACAUCGCCGGCAAGCCCAGCAGAGCGCUGUCAGCCUUCCGGGCAGCAGAACCCACGUCCAGCACGUGCUGACAGCACCACCACCUCCGGCCCUAAAUAACCGAAGAAGUGUUACUCCUAGCCGCCUGAUAUCUUACUCCUGUUCUCUUUCCCAGUUCGUUUAACCAGGGUGUGCUGUACGCCGUCUUGCGCUAUUUCUCCUCCGAUACCUGCAACUUACAGGGACUGAUUGAAAAAUAAUAAGAGUUUUGUCUGGACUAACCCGCACUAGAACCAUCUGUUCUAGGUGUCAGUCUUUCAUAAAAACAUCCCUAACAUGGCAGAACGCAGACAGGGCAAAAAAAAACAUUUCUCAUUGGGCCGUGGCCUUCUUUUGGGGUUUUCAAAUCUGCGAGUCACCCACUCCAGCUGUGCUCCAGGUGUAGUUUUUGUGGUCACGCUGUUUAUUUUCUCAGGGUUACUGUAAGGAAGAAGGCCUAAAUUGUGGAAUGCUCAUCGGUCAACUUUGUGUGCAGUUAUUCCAUAAAUUCUGUGGCCCUGGAAGGUCACCUUAUUUUGCACAUGUAUUGACAUGUAUUACUGCAAGCAGUAGAAUUGUAUGGCUACUGCAAGCAGUAGAAUUGUUAUAUUAACAUGUUGGACAGUGUUUAAGCUCCCUUAAAGCAGUAAUAAUGUGUGUAGACUGAAUGAAAGGUACGUCGUACAUCGUAUUUUAAGAAAAUAUGUGAAAUGGCUCCAAGGGUGUUGGUAGUUGGACCUACGUCUGUGUAAGUAAUUAGGUACAUUCCGACAAGAGGCACUGCACCCAAGGGUCAGUGUGCUUGUAGCCUACUUUGUACUUGCCAAUGUAACCUGAACGGCUAUUGUAAAUAUCCGGCAGGAAUGUGUCGGAUGUAAACUGUUUGAGUCUCACUGGUGGUGGGGGGGGGUGUUGCUUCAUCAUUAUAGUGGAAUUCAGUUUUAUGUAUGCAUUUAUGCUGUUUUUGUUUUAAGGAACAGUACAGAACUUCUUCAAGUUUCAUUAAUACUCAAUUAAAACACAAUUAAACUUCUC